AUUUUAGAAUUAGCUGCACAUGUAGAAAUUAGUUGAAGCCCUCUUAGGUUUGCGGUUUCUUCCGGAAUCACCCACCGUGAGCUCUUUCUGUUUCCGUGUCAGGGAGAGGAGCAGUGGUGUGAUUUCAAGGGACUCUUUUACUUGACAAAAUGCAGGACCCGAAUGAAGAUACAGAGUGGAAUGACAUCUUGAGGAAGAAAGGCAUCCUUCCUCCAAAAGAGAGUCCUAAAGAUGAUGAAGAGGAGGAGGAAGUGGCCCUAAAACAGCAGUCUGUUGUUAAAACCUAUGAAAGCAUGACGCUGGAGGAACUUGAGGAGAAUGAAGAUGAGUUUGGUGAAGAUGACGAGGCAGCCAUUGAGAUGUACAAACAGCAGCGUCUCGCAGAGUGGAAGGCGGCUCAGAAGAAGAACGUGUUCGGCGAGUUGGGUGAAAUCUCUGGACAGGAUUACGUGAAGGAGGUCAACAAGGCUGGAGAAGGAAUCUGGGUGGUGCUGCACCUCUACAAGCAGGGCAUCCCUCUGUGUACCCUCAUCAACCAACACCUGAGUGGCCUGGCCAGGAAAUUCCCUCAGACUAAGUUCCUUAAAUCCAUCUCCACCACCUGUAUCCCCAACUACCCUGACCGCAACCUGCCAACCAUCUUCGUUUACUUUGAGGGAGAGAUGAAGGCCCAGUUCAUCGGCCCGCUGGUGUUUGGUGGCAUGAACCUUAAAGCUGAAGAGCUGGAGUGGAGGUUAUCAGAAACUGGGGCCGUGAAGACCGACCUGGAGGAAAACCCCAAGAAACAAAUCGAAGACAAACUAAUGUCGUCAAUCAGAAGUUCGCUUCCUACACGAAAAGACAGCGACUCUGAGGAUGAGGACAAUUGAAGAAACAGCAAAACAAAACCACUCCUAUCAGAGGACGAGGCCUUUACAUGGAAACACUUAUUAAAGACCUGAGCAGCGAGAGAGAGGAGACCUCCUUGUAUGUAAAAAUGUGUCAAUCUCAAAUACAAUCCCUUUUUUUAUGUACAGAGCUCAGUCCUGCUCAAAGGCACAUGGGCAGGCCACUCUGCAGGAGAGAAUUAACCCCAGGGUAAACCUGUUUAAGUGGAAAAAUGGAACAACAGCUACAACCUUACAGAACCGUGAGAGACAAAGUUUAACAAUUUUUUUAUUACAUGAUAAUUAUGUCACAAAAUGUACAUAUGCAUUUAAUUCCCCUUUAAUUAAAUGUGAGUGUACCUCUUUGCCACGUUAGUUUUCAAAAUUCCUAUUUGAAAUAAAAAAGUCACUGCUGAUAAUAA